CGAUCUUCAACCUCAAGUGAUAUCCUUGACUUCGUUAUCAAAAACAAGACACGUUAUGAUGCUUUUUUUAAAACUGAACUUGAUUCCUUACUCAAUUCUCUUGGUAUUGAGACACUCAUAAUCGCUGGUGCAGAGACAAAUUUAUGUUGUGAAGCAACUGCAAGAAGUGAGUACAUUUUAAUGAAUUAUGGAGGAAGGUUAAGGGUGAUUAAUGGUAUUAUUCCACAAUAUAUGAUUCGGUCUGUACGAGAAGUGGUGAAAAGUUUGUUUGAUGAUGCAACUGCCACUGAGAACGAUGAGAUGCAUAAGGCAACUUUGCGCAAUUUAAAAUAUGGAGUGGCCAAAAUCUCUACUGUUACUGAGGUUAUUGAAUGGCUUGACAAACGUUAA